GACGUGAUUCGAUGAUUGUUUACUACAAACUACAGAGGCAACGCCUCUCGUUUUCCCACAAUUUCUCGCGCAUUGUCUCGCAGUUCUCACGCGUAAUCGCUCUCCUCGACCCGUUUGAGCCACUAACCACUAUAGUUACUGUUAGAUCGAUGGUUGUACAGUUCCAACAUCACAACAGCCUGUGACUUGCAUUUGGUAGAUUUUCGGUGAAUGUUCUUGUCUAUAGCGAUUUCUUUGACCGUAAAAUAGUUCCUUAAUAAUUCUAAUCCAGUUACAUUGAUUAAAGUAACUUAAGGUGAUGCUCAUUUUAUAAGGUGCUAGCAUAAAAUGGGAUUGGUAGGAUAUUUGUUUGCCUGUUGCGCUCAGAAGUCAGUGCCAACACUUUAGUAAUGUUCUCAGCGAUCGCAUAUCAACUGUCAUCAACUUUUUUGAAGGAACAGAAGUUGUAUUCGCGGUGCCCCGCCACCAUAACCAUGUCGAAGAAGCCGGCGGCGCAGCCCACGCUGCACAAAGUGAUCAUGGUGGGGUCGGGCGGCGUCGGCAAGUCUGCGCUGACCCUGCAGUUCAUGUACGACGAGUUCGUGGAAGACUACGAGCCCACGAAGGCGGACAGCUACAGGAAGAAGGUGGUCUUAGACGGCGAGGAAGUUCAAAUAGAUAUCCUGGACACGGCGGGUCAAGAGGACUAUGCGGCGAUCCGGGACAACUACUUCCGCUCCGGGGAGGGGUUCCUCUGUGUGUUCUCUAUCACGGAGCCCGAGAGCUUCGAUGCUACGCAAGAGUUCAGAGAACAGAUCCUACGCGUGAAAAACGACGAGAACAUUCCAUUUCUGCUUGUGGGAAACAAGUCUGACUUGGGGGACAAGCGGCGCGUGCCGCUCGACGCGUGCCGCGAGCGUGCCGCGCACUGGCAGGUGCCGUACGUGGAGACCUCAGCCAAGACGAGGGAUAACGUCGACAAGGUGUUCUUUGACCUGAUGCGCGAGAUCCGCUCGCGCAAGUCGGACGACAGUCGCGCGACUAACGGAGACGUGAAGAGGAAGCCGCGCAGGAAAAUCAAAUGCGCCAUUUUGUAGGUCCCGACAAGACUGUCGCAGAGUGUGCGCGCGCUUUGACGGGACCUUGCGGGUGUUACGUGUAAAGGACUCCGCUAGUGCUUAGUGCGGUUAGUGCGGACGCUGUGUCGCGAUGUACGCAUAUGUCUGUGCGGUUACAAGUCUAUUUUCAUUGGCGACGCAACUGUGUGAGGUAUUUUGUGUGGAGCGGUCUAAUAUGAACUUUAUUUUGUAACAAAUAAGAUGCAUAUUUCAGUAGAAGUGGCACAAUUCACGACAAUUAUGAAACUUACGCAACUAUGUGAGGUUUUUUCCGUGGAGCGGUCUAAUAUGAACUUUAUUUUGUAACAAAUAAGAUGCAUAUUACAGUAGAGGUGGCACAGGUCACGAUAGUUAGGAAACUUGCAACAAAACUUCGAGUCUUCCUAUCUACAUAGGUAGGCUAUGAAAGGACUAGGUCUAGUCUUUGAUUUCACGUCACCCCUAGCCUAAUAUUUGACAGAUAUCGAUUCAGGAUCAAAACAGAGUUUCCUCACUCUGCUUUUGGUAACAUACAAGAUGUUAUCUUUCAAUGUAAUAGUGACUUUGGACUUUUUUUGGGGUACUGUGCGAGACGCAAAAUAAAUGCAUUGCCCCUCCAAAUUCGACACAAACAAGUUUAUCCUGUGUAUCUUGCAUUUUAAUUUUUACAAAAUAACACCUUACCACAGACUACAGAAAAAGAUAGGUUAAAUGUGUCUUAAUUGCAAAAACGAAUUUAUUUUUUAAAUUGUUUUCUGCGGAUGUUUUCAUUCUUGUCUGCUUGUUUGUUUUUCUUUAGAUUGUGGAAUCUGUAUUAGUUACAUUAUAUGUCGUGGCCAAUGAAAGUAGACUUAUAAAUCUCGGUUUCUGAUUCAAUGUUGCGUGGAGUUGUCACAAGGUGUGACUGUCACUGAUAUUGUCUAGUAUUAACUGUGGAGCAGUAAGGCUACGUAAUGUGUCACUAUUCGCCCUGUACGGUGCUGGUAUUAUGCUGGAAUUCUGUUCAUGGUGGUCUAGAAAAUACUGGAACACUUAUUCGUGUGAAUACGCACGAAUAGUGAAUCCCGGUGAAUUCCCAACGAGUCACACUCAAUCGUGUCACAGUGGAACUCAUUUUUAUUUAAUCACAUUUAUAGUACUUAUAAAUUCUUACCUUGUUUUACGAUACAAGUUAGAGGAAGGUAAGGAAUUGAGUGAAUACAGGGUUAAAAAAAUUAGCUAAUUAUUUAAUCAAAUUAUUUCCCGACGUUCCAAUCACUAUGAGUACGACUAACUCGCACCCAGUCUGCAAGCUCCCAUAGUACUUGGAAGGUCGCGAUUGUUCGUGCGUGUUCGUACGUAUUCGCACGAUAAAAUUCGUAUGAAAACGCAUCCAGUGCGGCUAACCAUUACAUUCGUAAAGAAACACCUAAGGGUACAUCAUGAACAGGAUUCUGUGAAUAAAUUAUUUUGUUAUUAAUAAAGCAUCGCGCUUGCAUGUUAUUUUUAUAUAUCGAAUUUGCAGUGUUCACGUCGCACGAUAAGUUUUAGUACACUACACGGCUAAUAGAACAUGAUCUCCUUUUUAAUAAAAUCUAACUAUAAAUAAAAUUUUGUAAAGGAGCUCAAUAUUGCAUGAAAUUGCUGAAAAGUAUGUAUUUUGUAGAUUUAAGGAAAAAGAAUGACAGGAGACCUGGCAAACUUAAUAGGAAAAUAAUGCUGAACUGAUAAAGUUAAUUUUGAGUUUGUACAUUAUUAAAAUCAAGCGAGUUGUACGUAAUUUCUACAAUGGCCUAUUUACAAUGAGAGUUCUCAGAAAUGGCAGACGACUUUAGGUCUCAGUGAUGCCAAAUGGUGGUGUAAAUUAAAAAAAAACCCUCAUUGCCUUUGCCAGUUAACCUUUUGUCUAUCUUUUUCCUGUUAGUCUGUGGUGAUAAAUUGAAGUUUUUAACGUGAUUUUCUACUUGAAUUAGUAGCGAUUUCUACUGUAUCUGAAGUUUGAAUUAAGAAUGACACAUUAUACUAAGCUGAUUGCAUAUUCUAGUAACAGAACUAGGGAAUAAGAUGCGUGACGUAAGGCGCGUGCUAUAA